GUGAACGGUGUGCAGCCUCUGAGAGUGGUUUUCCAGUGAGUUAGGAAUCCGGCCGAGCACUGGGAAAGUGACUGUCCCCUGGAACAGAGAUGAACUGUUUAAAGUUGAAGGACCUGGUGGCUCCACGGAUGAGGAAAUAUGAGUUUGGCACAGAGACCGUACAAACCGAGAACAGAGCUGCACAGAAGGAAAAUCUCUUUGUGGAGCCCAAGAAGACAUUGCCGAAAACACCGGUGAAAAACGACUCGACACCUAGCACGGUGCCGUGGAGGGGCUGCGGUACCCCAGAUCAGGAUCUGGUGACUCCCGUUAAAACAAACGACAAAUCAUCGCCUGAACCCUGGUCUCCCACUGCCAACCUGAAGAUGCUGAUCAGUGCAGCCAGCCCUGACAUCAGGGACCGUGAGAAGAGGAAGGAGCUGUUCCGGCAGAUCGAAAACGACAAGCUCGUGAGUGUCGCUGAUGCCAUUCAGCUCGACUCGAUCACUGAAGCCGCCACUGACGAAUUGGAACAACAACGGCCAAGCAGGAAACAAAAAAGUCUGGGGCUUCUUUGCCAGAAAUUCCUGGCACGUUAUCCGAAUCAUCCUGUGUCAUCUGAGAAAACAGAAAUUUCCCUGGAUGAAGUGGCAACUGACCUUGGAGUGGAACGCAGACGGAUUUACGACAUUGUAAAUGUCUUGGAGUCUCUUCAGCUGGUCAGCCGGAUGGCGAAGAACCAGUAUUCCUGGCAUGGCAUGUUAGGGCUCGAACAAACCCUGUCCACGUUAAAGAGGAGGGGGGAACAGCAUGGCUAUGCCAGGCAGCUGGCUCUCGCCCACCACAAGGAGCUGGACUCUGAGGAAAUGGAGAAGGGAGCGAGUGCCCAAGAACGAUGGAGCUGCAACCAGGAGCUGAACAAGGAAUCGCAGCCUGUGGAGGUGGAGAAUAAAUCGGCUUUGCUGAAUAGCAGAAAGGACAAGUCUCUGCGCAUCAUGACAGAGAAAUUUGUGAUGCUUUUCCUUGUAUCAGAACCAAAAACGGUGGCUCUUGAUAUUGCUGCUAAAGUCCUGAUUGAAGAGAGUCAGCAGGACUCAGCUGAUAACAGCAAGUUUAAAACUAAGAUCCGUAGACUGUACGACAUUGCCAACGUGUUGACCAGUUUGGGACUCAUCAAGAAAGUUCAUGUGACUGAAGAAAAGGGCCGGAAACCAGCGUUCAAAUGGGUUGGGCCUGUCCAUCAGAACCAGGCAGAUGAUCAUUCUGUCACAUUAUCAGAACAAACAGGUUCAGUAGAGGGUGUGUUUCCAGUCACUGUAAACACCAAGGAGAGGUUGGGAUGUCCACAUUCGUUCAGUACUCAACACCGUUCCCAUUCCAGCCAGUCCAAGGCCCAGUCUGCACCUUGCAGCCCUGCUAAGUUUCAGAAAGUGAGAGCCACUGAAGGGCAAGAGUAUUCCAGUAAGAUGGUGCACCUAGCAGCUGCUUGCAGGUUGCAGUUUGAACAAGAAAUGAAAAAUUCAGAAUCUGACCGAAAACAGGACGAUGGUCAACUCGGAUCCAUUCCUUUGACAUCGUACCCACUGCUGGUGACUGGCACGGCUGGUUCUGCUAGCUGUGAUGUGAAAACUCUGACACUGAAUGGCGCCUCGGUUCCCCAGACUGAAUUGUCCCUCCCAGUCUGCCUGUCUAAUGGUGCGGUGGGGCAGAUUACCCCUGUGUAUGGCACUGAUGAAGGCUGCUCUUACCUUCUCAAGAACCAGCCAGUUGUGUUGUUGCAGAGUCUGUCAGCUGCCCCUAUGUUCAUGCUGUACAGAAACAGCGACUCCACGCCUGGACCCAGUGACUCUCAAACCCAGCAACACAAAGAGAUUUCUUCAUUCUUAACCAGGGACAGCAAGGCUGGCUCAUCAACCAGACACUCCAAGAAACGUAGUCCUGCUGAGCAGUGUCUGCUACCUCCUAAACCUUGGAAAGAUGGUGGACCAGAGACUAAAAGAGGGAAAAUUCUCUCUUGCCUUGAACAUGCCUCUGGAAGUCAGCCUUCAAUGUUGUGUUUAUCAUCAAUGGACAAGCAGCAAGAUCCACUGAGGAAUUGUACCAGGACUCCUGACCAGACUGCUGUCCCUGCUUCCUCCCACCCAGCUCCAGCCAUCGGUGUGAAUCUGGGGACCACUGACCCCUCGAGAGGGGGCCAGAGUCAGAGCUGUCAGUCAGACCUGGGCAACGCUGAUGGGCAGAGCUCUAUUGUAACAGCCACAAAGGGGCCUAUUGAUUUAUCAGUCACAAAACCUCUCAUGAAAGACUCUAAUCAGGAGCCCCCGACGAUCUCUGGAAAUCUCACACCAGCUUCUUUUGUGCUCAAUGCUCAGAGUGGUCUGGCUGAAAGGAGCCAGAGCUGUGGAUUGGCCCAACCCCCGGGGAUGAACGAAUUGAAUUUGUUACUUGCCACUGAUCCAAACCACGGUGGUAUCACCAUCUCGCCAGGACAUGUGGGAUCUGUCAGUCUGCCCUAUCAGAUGGUAAUGCCAGUACUUUGCCAACCUCUUGUUGCUCAGCAGUCGACUGCCACCUCCAUUCCCAACAAUGGCCUUAUGCAGUUCAACCUCCAGAACGUGAAGCUGCUGCCCAGUGGUCAGCUUUUAAUGGGCAGUGUCUCAGUGCCAGCACUGAGUGGAGAUGCUGUGAACUCCUCCUCACCAGCGUGGCAGAUUUACUCCCCUGUGCCCACUCAGACAUCUCGAGAAGACCUUUGCAACAAACCAGAGACACUUCCACAGCCACCUGUCGCCAUCAAACUCCACGAGGAGUCGCUGAAUCUAAGAAUGGCCAGGGAUGACCCUCUGUCGUUUGUGGACUCCUACUUCCAUACCCCAGUUCCCUCAGUGCAGGGGAAGAGAGUGCAUGGUGUAAAAGUCAAGGCAGCAUCUCCAGCCCAGCGCAGACUGGAAAUCGACAAUAAUAUCGUGAAAUAACAGAUCCUACUCUGCAUAUUUUGCCAAUUUAUUGUCAGUGGAAUAAUUUCACCUGGGGACGGGUGUCAGGGUUUGUUGAUAUCUAUUCCAAUGAGAAUCUUAUCCCCGAACAUGUUUACAACUCUGUCAAUGUCAAGUAGUUGAGGGCGUUGCUAUAACGGAAAUGAAAUCUCAAAGCACCAAGGGUCUUCAAUAAUUAUCCUUUUAUCCUGCAACCUAUGGGAAGGCAGCUUUUAUGUGAAUGUUACAAUGACAUUUUAAUAUAUUGUUUGCUGGAAAAAUUCCGAGCAGGUGUUUGGACUCGUCUGGAACUCAAAAACAGCAAAUUAUUACCACUGGAAAGAUGGUUGUUAUAAAAAGCAACAUUUAUUAACCCCAAAACACA